GUAAUAAUUCUCUUUAUUCUUUAGGUCCAAACAAUUACAAUGAUCAAUGAUUUAUAUAGGUUUUAUUUUAACACUUUUAAAAUAUAAAACAAUUCUAACUUUUUGUACAAUAAUGAGUCUGUAUCAGAUUGUCCUACCUUGUCCCCUAUAACUCUCUUAUUAUUCCGUAUACGGGGAUGUAUGAAAGUCAUUUUUUGCGCCGUGAUCUGUAAUUUUUAUCUGAAACACUUUAGUUUUGAUGAGACUUUUUGAUCACUUUUUAAGAAUUUUUUUUUGGACCAUGAAGUUGUAUUUUUUUACGUUUACGCCAUUGACCGUGCGGUUACACAUAUGUUUAGGUUUAUUUUUGUUUACAUUAUUUCAUUUAAAAGAAACAAAUUGGUAAAUGGGGAAGAUUCAAUCGUUUAUUAGGGGAGGGGCUUAUUCAUAUUAAGUUAAUGUUCUUUUUACCUUAUUCCCAGUUUUUUAGUCCCUGUAGUAGACUAUUACAUGGAAUCUAUAGAUUACAUACACUGAUCAAUGCUGUGAUGCUGAGGCUGCCUGCAGAAUUGGAGCGUCGUUCAGACAGCGUGGAGCGAGGUUAGGGACCUCCACCCGUUCUCUCAGCUGACCAGGACCCCGCUAUUUCACUGUGGGUGUCCUUAUCAGCUCCACCGGAAAUAGAUUUUUGGCAUUGGUGAUGUCCGGCAUUAGCAAUGAGUCCCAGAUGCUGAUAGCAGGUUCCUAUAAGGUGUCAGGACGUGGCGGUCUAUUUCUCCAUGGAGGAGUGGGAGUAUGUAGAAGGACACAAGGAUCAGUACAAGGAUCAGGUCAUGAUGGAGGAUCAGCAGCCCCUCACAUCACCAGUCAGAUCCAGUAAGAGAUCAGCACCAGAGAGGUGUCCCCGUCCUCUUCUUCCACAGGAUGAUCAGGGUGAAGAUCCGAACAAUAUUAAAGCUACAGAGACAGAUGUGAGCGGCGAUGAGCAGGAUAAGGAGAACUUUCCUACGGAGAAAGAUCUGAUCUAUAUUAAUGCUACAGACAUAAAGGAAGAAGAAGAGACAGAUGUGAGCAGUGAUGAGCAGUAUAAGGACAUUCCUACAGGGGAAGAUCUGAUCUAUAUUAAUGCUCCAGAGACAGAUAUGAGCGGUUAUGAGCAGUAUAGGGAGGACAUUCCUACAGGGAAAGAUCUGAUCUAUAUUAAUGCUACAGACAUAAAGGAAGAACAAGAGACAGACGUAAACAUUGAUGAGCAGUAUAAGGAGGACAUUCCUAUAGGGAAAGAUCUGAGCUAUAUUAAUGCAACGGACAUAAAGGAAAAACAAGAGACGGAUGUGAGCAGUAAUGAGCAGUAUAAGGAGGACAUUCCUACAGGGAAAGAUCUGAUCUAUAUUAAUGCUACAGAUAUAAAGAAAGAAGAAGAAGAGACAGAUGUGAGCGGUGAUGAGCAGUAUAAGGAGGACAUUCCUACAGAUAACUGCACUGAUUCUUGUAGCAGGAGAUCAGAGGAGAAUCUUAUAUCUUCAAAUUAUAAAGCAGAUGAUGAUAUCACACAAGAUACAUAUGAAGAACAUUCCAUUAUCCCAGAUACACCCUCAGCCCUUCACAGCCAAGAUCUGUCAUCUCAUCCUUAUAUACAGGUCCUGUCUUCUCAGUCAUCACAGGAUGUUCAGCAAAAUAAAGGUCACAGAAGGGGUUUUGGACAACAAGGAGCUCAUACAGGAAAGAAACCAUAUUCAUGCUCAGAAUGUGGGAAAUGUUUUACUUUUAAAUCAGGUCUUGUUACACAUCAGAGAUAUCACACAGGAGAGAAGCCAUUUUCAUGUUCAGAAUGUGGAAAACGUUUUCCUUAUAAAUCACAGCUUGAUAAUCAUCAGAAAAUUCACACAGGGGAGAAACCAUUUUCAUGUUUAGAAUGUGGGAAAUGUGUUACUUCUAAAUCAAAUCUUGUUGAACAUGAAAGAACUCACACAGGAGAGAAACCAUUUUCAUGUUCAGAAUGUGGAAAAGGUUUUACUUUGAAGUCAAAUCUUUCUAGACAUCAAAGAAUUCAUAGUGGAGAGAAGCCAUUUUCAUGUUCAGAAUGUGGAAAACGUUUUCCUUCUAAAUCAAAGCUUGAUAAUCAUCAGAAAAUUCACACAGGGGAGAAACCAUUUUCAUGUUUAGAAUGUGGGAAAUGUUUUACUUCUAAAUCAAAUCUUGUUGAACAUCAAAGAACUCACACAGGAGAGAAACCAUUUUCAUGUUCAGAAUGUGGGAAAUGUUUUACUCAGAAAUCAAGUUUUGUUGUACAUAAAAAAACUCACACAGAGGAGAAACCAUUUUGCUGUGCAGAGUGUGGGAAAUGUUUUAUAUUGAAAUCACAACUUGUUCAACAUCAAAGAACUCACACAGGAGAGAAGCCAUUUUCAUGUUCAAAAUGCGGGAAAUGUUUUACUCGGAAAUUAGGUCUUCUUCAACAUCAAAGAACUCACACAGGAGAGAAGCCAUUUUCAUGCUUAGAAUGUAGAAAAUGUUUUACUCGGCAUUCAUAUCUUGUUCAACAUCAAAGAACUCACACAGGGGAGAAGUCAACUCAGAGCAAUAAAUGAUGCAGAAAACACAUCUAUAUAUUAAAGGGGUACUCCUCCCCUGGAUAUCUUAUCCCCUAUCCAAGGAUGGAGAUAAGAUAUCUGAUUGGAGGGGUCCCGCUGCUGGGGACCCCCGCGAUCUCUCCUGCAGCCCCCCGAGUCAUCAGCUCUCCGGAGCUACGUUUGCUCCGUGGUUGAUGACUCACGAUACAGGGACCGGUGGUUCGUGACCUCAUGGC